UCCAUACUUUGUGAAAUUUGUCUAUGAAGGACUAAAUUUUGAUGCUGCUAGGAGCUACAUGAUGGUAGGGUUGGGGCGACGAAAAUGGGUGAUAAUGGUGAUGUUGACAGUGUUACACAUUGUAGGCAUACUCAUAUUCAUCCGAGGAUUUCUGUUACAUCGAACGGAGCUUCCUUAUUACAGCAAUUCUUCUGAUGUUUCUCACUCCCCUUGCUUUGAUCAUACCCAAUCAAAUCCCACUUGUUGGACUAGACCUGCUGAUCGUCUAGUCAUUAUCGUUCUUGAUGCCCUCAGAUUUGAUUUCGUUGCUCCCAGUUCAUUUUUCAAAGAGUCAAAACCGUGGACGGACAGGUUACCAGUUCUUCAGAAGCUAGAAUCUACUGAAGGAACUUCUGCCCGUAUCUUCAAAGCUAUCGCAGAUCCACCCACUACUAGUUUGCAGCGUUUGAAGGGCUUAACAACUGGUGGACUACCAACUUUUAUUGAUGUUGGGAAUAGCUUCGGUGCUCCAGCCAUUGUUGAGGAUAACUUCAUACAUCAGUUGGUUUCAAAUGGAAAGCGGGUAGUGAUGAUGGCGGAUGAUACUUGGGCUCAGUUGUUUCCUAAUCAUUUCAAAAAAUCUUAUCCUUACCCCUCUUUCAAUGUGAUGAGACCUCCCAUUAGUAAAGUCUAUCAAUAUAAAGGGCAUAAAGGGCAUAAGGGCAGUAGGGUGCUGGGUGUGUGAGUGGGCAUGUGUGCUUGUGGGAGUUGGUUGGGAAAUAUUCACGUGUGACUGUUUUGUGGCUGGGUUUGUUUUAAAUUGACAAGAGGUUCCCAUCACAACGUUAAAGAUCUUCAUACGGUGGACAAUGGAUGUAUUGAGCACCUAUUUCCGUCUUUGUAUGAAGAAGAUUGGGAUGUCCUUAUUGCACAUUUUCUUGGUGUGGAUCAUGCUGGACAUAUUCUUGGUGUUGAUUCCAUUCCAAUGAUAGAUAAGUUGGAGCAGUACAGUGCCAUGUUAGAAAAAGUAACCGAAGUGAUAAGAAGCCAGUCAGAACCAGGUGGCAUACAUGAGAAUACUUUCCUUCUUGUGAUGGGUGACCAUGGGCAAACUAUUAAUGGUGAUCAUGGUGGGGGUACUGCUGAAGAGGUUGAAACGUCAAUUUUCGCUAUGAGCUUUAAACAGCCUCCAUCCUCCAUCCUCCAUCC